AAAGAAGCCCCAAUUGUCUCCUGAUUUAAUUAGUCUCUGCCUUUUCAAGUUUUCUUGCUAUUGUAAAAGGAAACCCUAAUUCCCAAUUCCGCGUAUCUUGCUUUCGUACAGAUUUAAUUAUGUUUGUCUCAAUCGAUUCACAUCACUCCUCAUAUAUUUUGAGCGAGGAGCUUCUUAAUAUGGAUUUAUCACUAAUUUUCGAAUCAUCGGACUCUGAAUCGCCUCCUGCCAAGAAGCCAAAGCUUGAGGAUAGCUCCGACCAAGAUUCCGAUGACGACGAAGAGAAGAAAAACGAGCACUACGAACACUAUGAUGUCCAAGGGUUUCGUGCUGUGUAUUUUGAGGAGGAACCCCUAGACACCAGAUGGCUCAAGCAGGGUACUGUGGUUGCUGUUGAAAAGUACAAUAAUCUUGGCAAGUAUCCAAAGCUGAAUUUAGUUGAAAUUAAGAGGGCGACUCAUUGGACAACUGUGUAUUACGUAACCUUUCUUGCUAGAGAAGAGGGUUCUCGGAUCAUCCGCACUUACCGAACACUCUUCUUCCAUGGUGCUUGUAACCGCAUACAUGCCACUACUCAAGUUUUCUAUAUUAGAUCAGCACCACCAAGAAAACAUGAUGAGGAGGAAAGUGACGACGAGGAGGAGAGUGAUGAUAACGAGGAGGAGAACAAAAUUUAUACUAAUAGCGGCGUGAAGGCAGAAAUGGGAGGGGCAGCAGCCGCGACAGCAGCAUGAAGGCAGAAACAGGAACCAUAAGCAUAAUUUAUUCAUUACAGUAUCAUAAGUUAAUCAAUUUUUUACAUUACCAUAAGCAUAAUAAAGUCAAGUCUACAAAACAAUUUUUUUAUUUA